UCACGCCGCUCUAGCUCGCGUCUCUGUGGUCGCGCUCGGAGGCCGGAAGUGCCCGUCCUGGUAGCGGGCGGCACCGGGCUGGGGCGGGGGGGAGGCCCGGGCGGGAGCGGGAGUUGGGGCACCGGAGGUCCCGAUUCCGCGGUGCCGGUGCCCAUGGGAGCCGCCCGUGGGUGCGGACAGGCGCUGCUCGGGGCCGUCUGCCUGUUCUGUGCCCUCCGCGCCCGGCAGGUGACGGGCGGCCCGUCGGCCGGGUUCCUGCUGCAGGCGUUGGCGGCGGCGAGCGACGCUCUGGCUCCGCUGUGGCCCGCGGUGAUGCCGGGAGAAGCCCCCGACCCCAUUCCCGGCUCCUGGGUCUCGGCCAUGCUUGGCCAACCCUUGGUGGCCUUUGGUUUCCACCACCUCAGCGGUGACCGAGCCACCGGCAACCUCCUCCUGGUGGUGGCCACUGUCUUGGCUCCCGUGGCCGCGGGGCUACCGGAGGAGGGUCGGCUGCUGGCCGCCCGCGCUGUCACCGUGCUCACGGCCACCAGCCUCCUCUCGCUGGCCGCGCUCACCGGCAACGGCGCCGGCGCCCUCGGGAGCCUCUUGGUGGGCGCCGGCAACCUCGGUGCCGGGUAUCCGUGGGCGGUGGCAGCCGGAAACCUGGCACUGGAGAGAGGGCUGCGGGCGCAACUGCGCGGCACCGGGGGGCACCCGGGGCACUGGGACCAGUAAAGGAGUGGUGGGACCAACUGGGAGCACUGGGGUGGAGUAAUGGGGUGAGGGGGCAGCGCAGCACCCGGAGCACUGGGACCAGUAAAGGAGUGGUGGGACCAACUGGGAGCACUGGGGGGAGGGGACAGCGCGGCAC